AUGGAUCCCAAGCUAAUUAUGUACGUCAAUCGGGUAACUGAGGCCAUCGCCAAAGUGAACCUAGAGAUGGGGAAGAUACGCUCCAAGGUCGAUGAGCAAGCCAGCGAGCUCACCAGGAGAGAUGACGAAAUUGCCGAGUUACGAUCUCAACUAGAAGAUCAAGGGAACGAAAUAAAGACGUUGAAGCAGGAAUCCGCGUGUUUGCGUCGACUCCUCGCUAACGCCGAUCCGAAAUCGUCUGAUGUUGCCACUUCACCGACAUGGAGUGCGCAAGCCUCGAGGAUGAGAGAACUCUCUAUGGCUUCAACUCAAGUAGACGAUGAUCACAUCCCCACUCCGCGGAAAUGA